GCAGGAGACUGGGUGCUACUGCUCGAACACCGCCAAGUGCCGAUCUCUGCUCGGUGGCACAACGACGGAGGAGGGCGGGCGGAGCAGUGGCAGAAACAUCAGCUGGAGCUGGAAGCCAGAACCAGGGAGUAGCCUCAGAAGACAAACAUGUCCAACUCAAUAAUUUUUGACCUCAGUGAUAUUGAGGACUUUACAGAUACUUUCACCUAUAUCCCAUCUUCUGAUGCAGCCCCGUGUAAGGAUCCGUGGACCCUCAAUAAAUAUGUAAUUGUUGUGGUUUACACCUUAGUUUUCCUACUCAAUGUAAUCGGCAACAGUCUUGUGAUUCUGAUAAUUUGCAACAACAAGCUGAAGAGGUCGUCCACAGAUGUCUACCUCCUGAAUCUGGCCAUCGCUGACCUAUUGUUUGCCGUAACUUUGCCUUUCUGGGCAGCUUACAAAGCCCAUGAAUGGGUGUUUGGGAUUCACAUGUGCAGAUUUGUUUCCAUAUUGCAAGAAGUUAACUUCUACAGUGGAAUUUUGCUGCUGGCUUGUAUAAGUGUGGACCGAUAUUUGGUUAUUGUCCAUGCCACUGAAACUGCAAUGCAGAAGAGGCAUUGGGUGAAAUACAUUUCCAUGGCAAUUUGGAUAUUUUCAUUUGUUACAUCAUUUCCCACCAUCUGGUUCAAAGAUGUGUUUCUGACUGAUAAGAUUGGAGUCGUUUGCCAUGAGAACAUUGGACAUGAGAACACAGAGGGCUGGAAGGUCAUCUUAAGAAUUGGCCGACACUUGGUUGGGUUCUUCAUACCUUUGCUCAUCAUGCUCUUCUGCUAUGGUUUAACCAUUAAAACUCUUUUCAAGACCAAAAAUAAUCAGAAACACAGAGCCAUGAAGGUCAUCCUUGCGGUUGUUCUUGCGUUCCUCAUCUGCUGGCUUCCCUACAACAUCACUGUUAUUGUAGACUCUCUAAUGCGAACAAAAUAUAUCAACGAAACAUGCAAGAUGAGAAAUCAGUUGGACGUUGCACUGCACUUAACUGAAAUCAUUGGCUAUACCCACAGCUGUAUUAACCCGUUUCUCUAUGCUUUCAUAGGCCAAAAAUUUCGAAACAGCUUCCUGAGGAUCCUUGCCAGCAAGGGCAUUAUCAGCAAAGAGGUUCUUUCCCAUUAUGGCCGCACUUCGUCCGUCAUGUCCACAUCUGGAAAUACAUUUGCAACACUCUAGUAUCAUCA